CACGCACCUAUAAAUCCGGACAGUGUCAGCUCAGCAAGUGUAAGCGCAUCCCUCCUCCUUCCUCCCUCCUCGUCUUCAUCUUCUUUAGCCGAUCGCCAUAAACAACUGCGAAGAUUCUGCUGCGGGAGGACGAUGCCGCAGCUAUCAUCGAUCCAGAGAUUGAGAGCUUUGAAGGCUCUGCGGCCUACCAUGAUUCGAAGCGCUCAGCACGCUACGGCUGCGCAGCCUUAUUCCACGGGCCGCCAACCGCCGAGGGUUCCAAAUCUUAUAGGAGGUGCCUUUGUUGAUUCGAAAUCCUCGUCAUACAUCGAUGUGAUAAAUCCGGCUACCCAAGAAGUUGUCUCCCAGGUUCCAUUAACCACUAGGGAAGAAUUCAAAGCUGCUGUGUCUGCGGCAAAAGAUGCAUUUCCAUCUUGGCGUAACACACCAGUGACCACCCGUCAACGGGUUAUGUUAAAACUGCAGGAGCUUAUACGAAGAGACAUCGAUAAGCUGGCCUUAAAUAUUACGACGGAACAGGGAAAGACGCUAAAGGAUGCACAAGGAGAUGUGUUUCGCGGGCUAGAGGUGGUAGAACAUGCAUGUGGCAUGGCAACCCUCCAAAUGGGGGAGUAUGUAUCCAAUGUCUCAAGUGGAAUUGAUACAUACAGUAUCAGAGAGCCACUUGGUGUUUGUGCUGGAAUCUGUCCUUUUAACUUUCCAGCCAUGAUUCCCCUCUGGAUGUUUCCUGUGGCAGUUACAUGUGGCAAUACCUUCGUUCUAAAGCCAUCCGAGAAAGAUCCCGGGGCAUCUAUCAUACUUGCAGAGUUAGCCAUGGAGGCUGGACUGCCUAAGGGUGUACUUAAUAUUGUCCAUGGAACUACGGAUACUGUCAAUGCUAUUUGUGAUGAUGAAAACAUUCGUGCUAUAUCAUUUGUUGGUUCUAAUACAGCUGGGAUGCAUAUCUAUGGAAGAGCUGCUGCUAAGGGUAAACGUGUCCAAUCCAAUAUGGGGGCAAAGAACCAUGCUGUUGUCUUGCCUGAUGCAAGUAUGGAUGCUACUUUAAAUGCCUUAGUUGCCGCUGGGUUUGGUGCUGCUGGUCAGAGAUGUAUGGCUCUCAGCACCGUGGUUUUUGUUGGAGACUCAAAGUUGUGGGAAGAGAAACUGGUGGAACUUGCAAAAUCACUGAAAGUAAAUUCUGGAUUGGAACCAGACGCAGACCUAGGCCCAGUUAUUAGCAAGCAGGCAAAGGAACGUAUUUGCAAACUGAUACAAUCAGGUGUUGAUGAUGGAGCAAGGCUUUUGCUUGACGGAACAGACAUAGUGGUCCCUGGGUACGAGCGAGGUAACUUUGUUGGUCCCACCAUCUUAACUGAUGUCAGAGCUGACAUGGAGUGCUACAAGGAGGAGAUCUUUGGCCCAGUUCUUCUUUGCAUGCAUGCCGACAGCUUUGAUGAAGCUAUCAAAAUCGUAAACCGUAACAAGUAUGGCAAUGGAGCCUCUUUAUUUACAACAUCUGGUAUAGUUGCGCGGAAAUUUCAGAAUGAAAUUGAAGCCGGACAGGUCGGCAUAAAUGUACCAAUACCAGUUCCUCUGCCAUUCUUCUCGUUCACUGGUUCGAAGGCUUCAUUUGCGGGUGACCUUAAUUUCUAUGGAAAAGCCGGGGUUCACUUCUUCACCCAAAUCAAAACGAUCACUCAGCAAUGGAAGGAUUCGCCCGGUGGAACUGGAGUUUCUCUGGCAAUGCCGACCUCUCAAAAGUCGUAAAUGUGCAUCAAACUCUGCAAGCCUCUUGUAUCGAAACUAAUCUUCCUUAAAUAAAAUAGCCGAAAAAGGUUUUCCUUGCACGCUU